UGUAUCUCGAGAGCUUGAAGAGGGCGGACGUAUUGCAAGACGUUCUAGAAUUGAUGAUUUGCGACGAGCCAAACAGAAAGGGAAGAAUCUAGGACUCUGCGUUGCAUUGGAAACUGCCAAAGCAGUAACUUCUAGGGACCAAGAUUCCGACUCCGCCGCCAUCCCAGCGACUCCGCCACCCUCCCAGCGACUCCGCCACCCUCCCAGCGACUCCGCCGCCUUCCCAGCGACUCCGCCACCCUCCCAGCAACUCCGCCACCCUCCCAGCGACUCCGCCGCCCUCCCAGCGACUCAGCCGCCCACCCUCCGACAUCGCCGCCCACACACCGACCCCGCCGCCCUCCCAGCGACUCCGCCGCCUUCCCAGCGACUCCGCCGCCCACCCACCGACUCCGCCGCUCACCCACCGACAACGCCGCCCACCCUCCGACCCCGCCGCCCACCCACCGACCCCACCGCCCACCCACCGACCCCACCGCCCACCCACCGACUCCACCGCCCACCCACCGACCCGACCGCCCACCCACCGACCCCCACCGCCCACCCACCGACCCCGACCGCCCACCCACCGACUCCACCGCCCACCCACCGACCCCCACCGCCCACCCACCGACCCCCACCGCCCACCCACCGACUCCGCCGCCCACCCACCGACUCCGCCGCCCACCCACCGACUCCACCGCCCACCCACCGACCCCACUGCCCACCCACCGACUCCGCCGCCCACCCACCGACCCCACCGCCCACCCACCGACCCCACCGACUCCGCCGCCCACCCACCGACCCCCACCGCCCACCCACCGACUCCGCCGCCCACCCACCGACUCCACCGCCCACCCACCGCCCACCCACCGACCCCCACCGCCACCCACCGACUCCGCCGCCCACCCACCGACCCCACCGCCCACCCACCGACUCCGCCGCCCACCCACCGACCCUUACCGCCCACCCACCGACUCCGCCGCCCACCACCGACUCCGCCGCCCACCCACCGACUCCACCGCCCACCCACCGACUCCACCGCCCACCCACCGACUCCACCGCCCACCUACCGACUCCACCGCCCACCCACCGACCCCACCGCCCACCCACCGACCCCACCGCCCACCCACCGACUCCACCGCCCACCCACCGACCCCCACCGCCCACCCACCGACUCCACCGCCCACCCACUGACCCCACCGCCCACCCACCGACUCCGCCGCCCACCCACCGAACCCACCGCCCACCCACCGACUCCGCCGCCCACCCACCGACUCCACCGCCCACCCACCGCCCACCCACCGACUCCGCCGCCCACCCACCGACCCCACCGCCCACCCACCGCCCACCCACCGACUCCGCCGCCCACCCAUCGACUCCACGCCCACCCCACGUGCAAGCAGGAGGCAAGGUCGAUCGUCCAGGUGAAAAACUCACAAUAUGA